AUGCUCACGAUAAGAAUGCUGCAUUUUACGCUGGCACUGCCCCCCGCACUGAGUGGGCAGGAGGACACGGUGCUGCUGCACCACGCGCUGCAGUGCGGCACCAAGCAGUGGGGCGAGCUGGGGAGGAGCGGGCAGCUCAAGAGGAGCAACAAGUCGUGCUGUAACCGCUACAUCUUCCUCCGAAGGAAGUUUACUCACAGCUUUCGCCAGCACUUGCUGCAAAAGCACCUAGAAGCUGUUGGAAUCUCCCAGCACCUUUCAUUCGACAGAGACUAUCAACCGCUGCUCUCUCAGUAUUUCAAUCAGCAGCAGCAGCAGCAGCAGCAGCAGCAGCAGCGUUUGGAGGGCGUGGGUGCAGGUGCAGUGGCGUUGGGAGGGCUGUCGUUCGAUGAGUGCAUGAUGGUGUUCUUCGCCCCCAAUGCACGCUGCUACCGCACAGCAGCCCCAACCAACCUCUCAUCUCUCGCCACCCCUCCUGCUCCCCACGCUCAUCCUCCUGCUUCCCACGCCGCGGCCUUCUCUCCUGCGGCUGUUCGUACCACCGACUUCCCGUCCCCCCGUGAUGCCGUCGCGAUCGCAUCGGCCUCCAACGCCGCUGCUCUGCGUAGUCCCUUGAAGCGACCACGGGGCGAUUGCACAGGACUGGGGGCAAGCCAGCCGCUGCUGGAAGGACAUGAGAACGGGUUGCUGCGAGAUGGGUUGGUCCGAGGCGGGGUGGUACGAGGAGGGUUGGUGUGUACCACUGAGCGCCGCGGUCAGUCAGUGGCGGAGCAGUUCCAGCAGCACGGGGAGAGCAGCCGCAUGCAAGCAGCUGAAAACGCCCUUCUGGAUGCUCUGUUGCUGGGGGGGGAUCAGCAGCAGCAGGGAGGAACGAGGAACAGGGUGCAGCGGGUGUUGUGGCCGCGCGUUGGGUCGGAGAGUGCUCUUCCAGACGACGUGCUGCUGGGAUGUACCAGCGAGGGCCCUGCUGUCAUGCAGCGUGCUGCUCUCUCUGCUCCUACGCCCACCCAGCCACACGCAGAGCUGCCAGCGCCGAUGCACCCCCAACUCGCUGCUCCGCCUGGCUGCGCUCCCUGCGUUGGUGAUUUUAAUCCCUGCUGUGGAGAUUUCAUUUCCUGCAUUGGGGAUUUCAACCCUUGCUCCGCUCUCAGGGACAUGAGCAGCUGCAAUGCAGAAACGCUUCCCUGGAAUAGUUGUGGCACACAGGAGCAGGAACCUGUGGACACAUACAUUGACUUGCUCCGCGACGGAAACAACAACGGCAACAGCAACGCCAACGAUGCUCUCUUUCUCAGCACGCCCGUGGCUCACCUGUUGCUGGGUGCACAUGCCCUCACCGUGCCCUUUCCCAGCGGGCCUCAGCAACAGGCGCUGGCAGCCUCUGGUGCUGCUGGGGCAGCCCUGCUGGAGUGGAAUGUGCAGCAGGGAGGGACCGGGGAGGCAGGCGCUCAACCACACAGGCAGCAGCAGCAGCAGCAGCAGCGGGCGAAGUCUUGUCUGCAUCUAGAGCUUGAGGACAUUCUCCCGCUGCCACUGCACCAGCGUCUCCCACAGCCACUGCCACAAGCUCCGUUGCCAGCAGCCCCUUCUCAGCAUGCACUCCCACAUGGCGUCAUCGGUGCACUGAACAUGCCCUCAAACCCAAGGGGCGCGCACAUGGAUGCUCCCAUGCAGCCACGCCGUGCCAUGCAGCAGCAGCCCGUCUCCCUGCCAGCUGCUGCACUACCAAUCCCAUGCCGCCGCCGUGGCCCGACGUGA